AUGCCCCCUUCUGAAAUUGCUUUCCCUUUUCUUCUUUUCUCACCAAAAACUCGUCUAAAAAAGACUCUUUUACACAAGUACUAUAGAGCUAUGAAAUUUACAAAAAGAAACAUAAUCCCACUUCUUGUUUUCAUCUUAUCAUUUGCUUCCAUACUCAGACUAGUCAAGAUUUGUCUACUUACUUCAUAUUCCUCUCCGAUUUUCUCCGCCUUGUCUAUAGUUGAACACCCCCACAAUCUCCUCGAGGAGAAAGAAAUCAACUUUCUCUAUGAUCUUGUAUCGCGAAAAUCACCCUGCAAUAUUCUUGUUUUCGGGCUUGAAACGCAAUACUCUUAUCAAAUUUCAAACAUCAACAAGGGUGGAAUCACUGUCUUUCUUGAGGACAACGCCGCGAAGAUCAAGGCUAGUAACUCCACGAGUAAUACUAACAACACUCGGAUUCACAGAGUCGAGUAUCAGACAGUUGCUAAAAACGCAUACAAGAUUUUAAAACAUGCUAGACAGAACCAGAAAGACUGCUACAUAUCAGCUACUGAUAGUGCCAAACAUGAUCUGCAUAGUAAUUCAUCAAGGAAGUGCAAAUUUAUUUCACUUGUGACAAAUGUACCUAAGGAAGUGUAUGAAGUGAAGUGGGAUUUGGUGAUUGUGGAUGGACCAGAUGGAGAUAAACCAGAAACACCAGGAAGAAUGGCUGCAAUUUAUAUUGCUGGUGUAGUAGCAAGAAGAAGCAAGAACAAGAAUGGGACUCAUGUGUUGGUACAUGAUGUUGAUAGAAUGAUUGAGAAAUGGUUUUCUUGGGAAUUCUUAUGUGACACUAAUUUGGUUUCUUCUAAAGGGAAAUUCUGGGAUUUUAACAUACUAGCAAAACCAAAUGCCACCACAUUUUGUCCUACAUAA